AUGGAAACUCAACAACGAGACAAUGUGUUCCAAUUGAAAUACAAUGAAUAUAAACAAACUUUGGAACAAUUACAAUCUAAAGUCAUCGAAUUAGGUAACGAUAAAGAUGAACAUGAUAUAGUAUUAGAUACUUUGAAAACUGCUGAUCCUGAAAGGAAAUGUUAUAGAAUGAUUGGUGGUGCUCUUGUAGAAAGUAACGUUAAGACUACGUUACCUAUAUUGCAAACUAAGAGACAAAAUUUACAAGAUGCUGUGAAUACAAUGAGAUCAGAAUUGAUUAAAAUUGCUGAAGAAUUUGAUAAAUGGAAAAAGGAUAACAAGAUUCAAGUCGUGCAGCAAUAA